GGUUAUUUCUUACCAUUCGUACUGAAUAAACCACAAUAAGCAUACGUGUAAGUUCACUUAGUUGUUUCGGCUUUUAAUUGCUGCAUUAUGGCGAGAUUAGAUUCAGUAGUAUCAAAGUUUUAUAAAGAGUAUGUUACAAAAACUCCGAAAAAAUUGAAAAUAAUAGAUGCUUACUUGUUUUACAUCCUCUUAACUGGAAUUAUUCAAUUUGUUUAUUGCUUAUUGGUAGGAACGUUUCCGUUCAAUUCUUUCCUUAGCGGAUUUAUUUCAAGUGUUAGUUCUUUUAUACUUGCAGUUUGUUUACGUCUCCAAGUUAAUCCAGAAAACAAAAAUGAAUUUUAUGGAAUCAGCCCUGAAAGAGGUUUUGCAGAUUUCUUAUUUGCACACAUUGUAUUACAUCUUGUUGUAAUGAAUUUUAUAGGUUAAGAAAAUAAUCAUUGUUAACAUUAACACUUCAAUAAAAAUUGUAAUACCUGAUGUAAAUAAAUCCUUAAGUGAAGAAACUUUGAAAAAUUA